CCCCUUCGCCCUCUUGCCCCGGUCUCCGGCAGCCAAUAUGGCGGCUCCCUGUGUGUCUUGCGGCGCAGCGGCUUCCUACCGGCUUUUUCUCGGAGGUAGGGUUAGCCUCGCCCGGAGACGAGGCGUCUGGAAAGCAGCGGCUGCUGAGUUGCAGACAGGUGCUGGAUUCCAGAUACUAAGGCUAAGGCACACCACAGGUGUAACAACAAAGAAAAAUGUUGCAGCCUUAAGACGUGAAACUUACACAGUGGAUUUUAUUAAAAAGCAGAUUGAAGAGUUCAACAUAGGAAAGAGACAUUUAGCCAACAUGAUGGGAGAAGAUCCAGAAACUUUUACUCAAGAGGAUAUUGACAGAGCUGUUGCUUACCUUUUUCCAAGUGGUUUGUUUGAGAAGCAAGCCAGGCCAAUAAUGAAGCAUCCUGAACAGAUUUUUCCAAAACAAAGAGCAAUCCAGUGGGGAGAAGAUGGCCGUCCAUUUCAUUUUCUCUUUUACACUGGCAAACAGUCGUAUUAUUCAUUAAUGCAUGAAGCAUAUGGAAAGCUACUAGAAGCAGAAAAGCAUCAGAACCAGUUGCAAGCCAAAGGUUUAUUUUCAGAAAAAACUAAAACCAAAGACCUGAUUGGCAGCAGAUGGCUGAUUAAGGAGGAACUAGAAGAAAUGUUAGUGGAAAAACUGUCAGAUCAAGAUUAUGCACAGUUCAUUCGGCUGCUAGAAAGGUUAUUGACACUGUACGGUGGUGCCGAAGAAGAAUUUGUGCAGAGAUUCCGUAGGAGUGUAACUAUUCAAUCAAAAAAACAGCUGAUUGAACCUGUGCAGUAUGAUGAGCAAGGAAUGGCCUUCAGCACCAGCGAAGGUAAAAGAAAGAGUGCCAAAGCGGAAGCAGUUGUUUAUGAGCAUGGAAGUGGAAAAAUAAAAGUAAAUGGAAUCGAUUAUCUGCUUUACUUCCCAGUGACACAAGACAGGAAGAAGAAGAAACGUGGCUGUCCGCAGAGCGUUCUCGACAUCAGAGACACCAGGAGUUGUUCCUCUUACAGAGAACAGUUGAUGUUCCCCUUCUGCUUCCUUGACCGGCUUGGAGAACACGACGUGACCUGCACAGUCUCGGGGGGUGGGCGGUCGUCCCAGGCUGGAGCCAUACGCCUGGCGGUGGCAAGAGCCUUGUGCAGUUUUGUCACCAAGGAAGAGGUCGAGUGGAUGAGACAAGCUGGACUGCUGACUGCUGAUCCACGCGUCAGAGAACGGAAGAAGCCAGGCCAAGAGGGAGCCCGCAGAAAGUUCACCUGGAAGAAGCGCUAAGUGUUCUUUCACGGGCAAGGAGAGGAAACACCGUGUAUAUGUGCUUGGCAUGCGGCAGACAUAUAAUAAAUAUUUGCUGGCCAGUGUGAGGGCAACACUAUCAGG